GCUGAAUAUGGAUAAUAUAGCAUCUAAACAAGAAAUGGUCAUACUGGUUUGUGAAGAAAAGGCAGUCUGUUAUCACUUACUAGCUUCACUAUAUCUCAUCAUACAUGGGAUCAUAAGAAUGUGAUAUUGGUUUUAGAGUUUUAUAUGUUGUCAUGAUUCAACCGUGUCCUUAGUUACUAUUCCAUGUACGGACAUGUGGAAAAGCUAGCAGAGGAGAUAAAGAAAGGAGCUGCAUCUGUUGAAGGUGUUGAAGCCACACUAUGGCAGGUCCCUGAGACUCUUUCAGAAGAGAUUCUUGGGAAGAUGAGUGCUCCACCAAAGAGUGAUGUACCAGUCAUUACACCUCCAGAUCUUGCUGAGGCUGAUGGGUUUGUUUUUGGUUUCCCAACAAGAUUUGGAAUGAUGGCUGCUCAGUUUAAAGCAUUUUUGGAUGCAACUGGAGGUUUAUGGAGAGCACAACAACUUGCAGGGAAGCCUGCUGGAAUCUUCUAUAGUACUGGAUCUCAAGGGGGUGGCCAGGAGACUACGGCGUUGACUGCAAUCACUCAGCUUGUUCACCACGGGAUGAUAUUUGUUCCCAUUGGGUACACCUUUGGCCCUGGCAUGUUUGAGAUGGAGCAAGUGAAAGGUGGAAGUCCCUAUGGUGCUGGAACUUAUGCUGGAGAUGGCUCUAGACAGCCAACCGAGCUUGAAUUGGCACAGGCUUUCCACCAAGGGAAGUACAUUGCCAGCAUUACAAAGAAACUCAAGGGAGUUGCUUGAUUACAGUCACUAUAAAGUUACAAUUUGUCGUUUCAUUUUUUAAUUUCUAGAAUUCCAUUUCCUAUAUCUACGAGUUUGCAAAAAGGCAAUAAUUCUUGCUGUUGUUCAGUAUAUGCUUGUAAUGCUUAUUACACAGUCACUAUUGUUCUUCACUUUUCAUUAAUGAUAAAGUUUGCUCGUCAACACCAUGUGCUUGUU